CAAAAUCCCUUAAGCACCAAACAAGAACACGUAUUUAGAAGAUCAUGCAUAAUGGAUAUGCCGGACCGUCAUGUUUGCCCAUGUACUCAAGAAAACAACAUGUACAACGCGGGCGAGAUUAUUGAUAAAUUUAUUAUUAGAAACCAUUCAAUAUCAUUAAGUUCAUCUGGUUGACAACAUUCUUUGGUUCUUCCAUAUAAAGAGAGUGCCCGUCAAUCUCUGUUGCAUGCAUGGCUUCGAAGUUUGUUGCGCGUUAUUGGAAUACACCUUCGUCAGCUUUAAAACAAAAAAUCUUGUGCGUUGUUCAACUUGUGUGACUCAGGAAUAGUAUAGUCUCAAAGUUCCGAUGGACCAAUAGUGGUAUUUUUACAUUGCAGUCCUACAUAGAUGCCUCCCAUAUCUAAUACCUAGUGAAAGUGCGAAUGGUUACCUAAUCUUGGAGCACAGCAUGUCCUCUAAAGCAGGCAAUCUUCUUGUGAGUGUGGUAGGAGAAGGGAAGCCAGUCUAUAUGUGGAAAAGGAAGUGCAAUAAACAUGAUGCUUCUCCUGGACUUCAAUCGAAGAACUCGGGAAGCUUCCAAAGGAGUGAGAAACGACAACUCUGUAAAAGCAGAGAUGGGCGGAAAGAAAACCGGAGAAACCGCUUUGUUUCAACUAUCACGGAACUUCAAGAAAGACAAGAAGCAAGAGGGAUGCUGUACGAAAAGAUCGAACAAAAACUUGAGACGGAUCAUGCCCAUCCGGAAUAUGCCGUCAAAGUUGCCGAUUACGAAUGCCAAAGGAAUCUUGCCACAAUUCCUGACACCAAUUCAGAGCGAUCCAUAACACCUUUGAGUGAUACUGUGGUGUCAGACGGAACACUUAUAACCGAGCUUAGCCAUAUCAAUGAUAGUUUCAGUUACUGUGAUAUUGUUGGCCAGACUGCUGAACCACUUAGUGCCGAGUCUCACCGCAGUAUUGGAAAACACUCGAGAAACAUUGCGCUAAGAAAUGCAGCCGUGAAUAGUGGUUCACGCCUGAAACAUGGGUUAGACAAAAGGGGCGCAAGUGCUGAUUUUCACCACGAAUCAAUAUCAGGAUGCCUUUCACACACCGCAAGUAAUGCAAAGAGACCAAACGUAACAAGUGGAAAAUCAGCAAAGCUACCCGGAUCAGAUCCUUUUCCAGACCAUGACUCCAUUGGAGAAGGCAGUAGCAGUACCUCUUCUGUAGCCGAUGAGGUAACGCAUCGGCAACAAGAAGUGCCUACCCUGAUGAAGCGCGCGGAGGACAGUAGCAGGAACAAGAAGGCAAACGUCAAUGGGCAUCGAACGCAGCGGCCUGCAUCAGCAAGGGCGUCCCUCGAGCACCACUACCGGCAUCGGAAGAAUAAGAUUCUUGAUGAGAUGAGAGUUCAUCUCCAUAAGAGGGUAAGGGCAAGAAGAGAUAAAUCAAUCGUUGGUGAUGAUAUCUUCCAGCGACAGAUGAAGAGCGGCUUCUGGACCUCCGAGGUGCUUUAUCAUCAAUGGGGAAACAAUAUCCUGACAAUGCGGACUACAUGGAAGGAGAACACAUCCCAAGAGUUUGUUCGGUCCGACCCUGAAGAACAGCAACCGCCGAUUCGACUACGGUCUCGACGUCAGGCCAUCUCAGUCGACAGAGACAAACGAUCACCGUUGUCUAUGAACACGAUGACGUUCAUGGCUCCAAUGGAUGAAGAGGAGCAGUCGAGAAAUGUACACACACUGGACUCUAGGCGGCGCUCUUCAAAUCUCCCGAUUUACAAUAAGGAGCGUAGUUACUCCGUUGAUCAAGGAAUACCGAUAAGAUUAGAUCUUCAGGAAGAUGCUGAGACUAGAAGACGAAGGUUGAGGGCGCUCUUCAAAGACACGAUCAUCAAAGUCUGUCGCAUCACGACGGUAAUGCUGCACAUGAUUGAGGCAUCCAAGGCAAGUACGUACUCGGGCCUCAUGGCAUCACUGCACUUCUCAAAAGCUGACGGUUCCGAUGAUCCAAAGAAUUUCAACAAAGACCACUACUCCCGGAAAUACGCGGAACUCCAUGUACCUCGUUGGGCGAAACAAAUCGCAGCAAAGGAACCCUGGGAGCGAACGCCGGAAGAGAUUAUACGACUUUACGGAGUGAUGCGGAACAUGCGCAGUUUCGAGAAGUUUACCCGACGGAUGCGUAUGGAAAUAUGCCGGGCAGCAAGAUACAACGAAUGUGGAAAGGGUCGUGUCAUUGUUCGGCAGGGUCACGUGGGAUUCAACUUUUAUUUCAUCUUUUCUGGAUCGGUUUUUGUUCAGCUUGAUAUCCUUGACGAAUCAUCGGGGAUUAUGACUACCAGUAAUGUUAACACACUCAGAAGAGGGUCUUCGUUCGGGGAAUUAGCUUUGCUAAGUAAUGGCGAACGUACGGCCUCCGUCAUCUGUCGAGAAAACACCGAAAUAUUCGAGAUCGAGAAGGAAACAUUUUUGGAAGUUUGUCCAGAUAUUUUCGACAACGAACUCGCUGAGAAGAUACAAGUUGCAAAUGAACUAUCGUUUUUCAAAUCUUGGCCCGAGGAUCAACUGCGUAGACUUUGCUUCGAGUCGCCCAUCCAGGAAAUUGACUUUGGGAAGGUGGUUGAGGCGAAUCCUGGGACGUCGGAGUAUUGCUAUGUCGUUCUUGAGGGGAAGGUGUCUCUCCUGAAGGAAUGCAACCUGAUACAGGCCCUAACCCAACACUGCAAGGAAAUGAUGUCCAAAAACCUUGCUUCUGACACAAAUAAAGAUAAUUCUGUGGAUAGCGCCCUCAACGAGAAGAUCAUGGAAAAGUUAAAAGCUCUUCUAAUACCCGAGUGGACGAAGAAUGGAAAAUGUCACAUGUCGAUCGGAUUGAUGUCUGUUGGGCAUGCAACCGAUCUCCUACCAAUUAAGCUUCGUGACCGGGAGCAGCUGACUGGGGUCACCCUUGUUAGCCGCGGUUGCCGUAUAAUGAGAGUCACCAAACAACGAAUAGAGAAGAUGGCUCCAAAGGAAAUACUCGAGAUCUUCCGACAGAAACACAAUACCGUACUCCCAACCCCUUCAAAUGAAGAGCUCUUCGAGCGCUUCCUCGUAGACAUUGCCUGGAAGCACUAUCGGACUUACGUCACAAAGAACUCGACAGAGAGAGUGUCUCGGGGAACGGAAAACACGAGGUCCAUGUGGCUCGCCAACUACCUCGUGACGAAUGCUCUACUCAGGGACAAAAGAGGGCGCCUUGCUGUGAAGGAACGAUUACGAGAAAUCCAAGAGCGGCAUAAGAGACGAUCGGAAAUAGAAGAAGAUGAAGGCGAAAAAGAGGAAUCUGAGGAAGACCAGGCUAGGAUGAUCCAUAUGAACAAAGUAAAGAAGGGAACGUUGUCAAAGUCAUUUAGCCAGAUUGAGGAAGCGUGCAAUAUAUGACUAUACGUUCACCGGGGCCACGCCUUACUAAAAUGCCUGUUUAUUCAUAACGUUUUCUACAUGUAUAUAUUAUGAUGUAUUUUCAUAUGAUCGUUGUUUUCUUGGCAUUUCAGUAUGUUUCAAUUUAAUUCUAUUCAAUUAUUUCCAUUGUCAUGUCUUAAAAAAAACAAUAAUUGAAAAGUGCAUAACACAUCAGUCACAAAAUAAAAAAUACAUCAUAAUAAUGCAUACAUGUAAAUAAUACAUAAAUGUAAGUAUAAAUAUACAUUUAUACCUUGUCUGCAUACAUGUGCACCCUUAGCAUGGCACUGAACACACAGAUCCACUGCUUAAAAUAUGAUUACCACGUGCAGUGGAACAUGCAACCUUCAGAUGGGAGAAUGAAACCUUUGAAACAAGAUAGCUUGUGUGAAAACAGAAAAAUCAAAGAAACAGAUCAACGAAAGUUU